AUGCAGGUACAUGCCGAGGUAAUCUACGACGACCUGGAUCUGGAUGUGGGUCGGCUCCGUCUCCGGAAAUCCGGUUCCGCUGGAGGCCAGAACGGUGUGAAGUCCAUCCUCGCCCGCGGCCUCCAGAGGUUCCUCCGCGUGCGGCUGGGAGUGUCGCGGCCGCCAAAGAGCGGAGGGCGUGAUGCCAUCGUGGGCCACGUCCUCGGCAAGUUCCGCCACGAGGAGCUGGAGCUGUCGAAGGAAGCCUUAGGCCGAGCAUCGGUGGCCAUCGAGGACUUGGCUGAUGGCGUCUCCUGGGACAAUGUCAUGAACAAGUUCAACCGGCCCGUGACUGCCCUGGCAUGA